AUGACAGGUGUCUCUUCAAGCAGACCAGGUCGUGGCAGGGAGACGUUACUUGAGACGCUCGUUCUAAAAGAGGAUUUGGAGGGACUGUUAGCGGGCGUGCUGGAAGGUCCAAAGACCCGCUCGGAAAUUCUAGCAUCGAACCGAGCAUUGUCCAACUGCGGCGACAGCAGACUGGGCUUUCCGAAGAACACACUGAACCAAAUCGGUAUCUCUUUGGACUCAAUGCUGUAUACUGAUAAGCCUGUGGAGGAAUUCCGUGUAUGUGUUGAUCCUUUUUCCGCCUGA